AUGAAGUGGAGCGUCCGCGGGGCCUGCGCCGCGCUCGCCUCCUGCCUGCUGCUCGCCUGCGCGCUCAGCGCCGCCGCCGUGGGCCUCAAGUGCUUCUCGCUGGGCUCGGAGCUGCGCGGGGAGCCGUUCCGGCUGGGGGCGGCCGCCGGCGCCUUCUACUCGGGGCUGCUGCUGGCCGCCGGCCUCUCGCUCCUCGGCGCCGCCCUCCUGUGCUGCGGACCCCGGGAGGCGCCCCUCGCCGGGCCCCCCGGGCCGGAGGCCGGGCCGGGGCUCGGGGUCCCCGCGGCUCCCGCGGGCGCUCCGGAGGCCCCGCCGAGCGAGGCGGGGCCGGCGGCCGGGCCCCCGGGACCGGUCAACAGUCAGAACCUGCUGCUGCUGGGCGUCCUGGUCUUCAUGCUCGGGGUCCUGAGCGCCUUCGCGGGCGCGGUGAUCGACGGCGACACCGUGUCCCUGGUGGAACGCAAGUACUCCCACUACUGCCUGCCGUCGCGCUCGCCGGCGGCGGCGGCGCCCGGCUCGGCCGCGGGUCCCGGCCCCGGCCCCGGCCCCGGCGCGCCGCGCCCCCGCGGCGCCCUGGACAGCGCCACCUCCGCCAAGUGCCGCCAGCUGAAGGACUACCAGCGCGGCCUGGUGCUCUCCACGGUCUUCAACUCGCUCGAGUGCCUGCUGGGCCUGCUCAGCCUCCUGCUGGUCAAGAACUACAAGUCGUCCCAGGCCCGGCGCGGCCGGCGCGGCCGGCGGCGGGCGGGGCGCGGCCCGGCGCGGGCCCGAGCCGGCCCCGGGCUCCGCGCGCAGCCGACCGCCUCCCGGGCGCGGCGGGGCCGGCGGGGCCGGCGGGGCCGGCGCCUGCAGCCGCGGCCGAGCGAGGCCUCCAUCCUGGCCCCGGAGGAGUCCGACUUCUCCGCGCCCGGGGACUGCGCGGGCUUCGCCUCGCUCCACGCCGUGUCCUACAUCAACGUGGGCGUCUUCCACGCGUUCGACGAGGCGGGCGUGGAGGUGUGCUGCGGCGGGCACCCGUCGGUGGAACUGCCGGGGUACGCGCCCUCGGACCCGGAUCUCAACGCCUCCUACCCGUACUGCUGCCGGCCGCCGUGCGAGGCCGCGGCGCGGCCCUGGGAGCCGAGCCGGGCCUGCUGA